UUCAUAUUCAGUGGUUGCUGUCUCUUACCUCUUUCUCGUUCAGAAGUUACAGAUCCUUGGAAUGGCGGGAACUCUUCAAACGCUAGUUUACAGACAUGCAACUGUCAGUAACGGAAAUUCUUGUCAGAGAAAACAUAUUGUUCCGGCUCAUUAUAUCCUAUUCCGUGGCACUUCUCUCGCUUGUAGCCCUAAUUCGUCAAUCCUCUGGAAAUCCGGUCCUCUUUCUCGAACUAUCAGAGCAAAAGAAAGAUUUGAUCAGGUAGAUCAUGAUCGAAAUCAGAAUGGUAGGAUUAUGGAUUCAGCAACUGAGUUAUCAUGGGCGAAAUCAUUAUUAGAUUUCGCUGCCACUAACUUCCUUCCAAUAGCUCUUGUUGGCGGAAUAGCUUUAGGACUUGCAAACCCUGGUCUUGGUUGUCUUGCCAACAAAUAUUCUGUAUCAAAAUUUAGCACUUUUGGGAUUUUUCUCAUCUCAGGGCUGACGUUGCAGAGUAAGGAAAUUAGUGCCGCAGUAAAAGCAUGGCCUGCUGGACUGUUUGGGCUAGUUUCCAUUUUGUUAUUAACUCCCUUCCUUUCAAGGAUUAUUUUGCAACUUAAGCUGUCCCCACAAGAAUUUGUCACAGGUUUAGCUAUUUUUAGCUGCAUGCCAACAACAUUGUCUAGUGGAGUGGCAUUGACACAGCUUGUUGGGGGAAACUCAGCUCUUGCCCUUGCGAUGACGGUGAUAUCAAAUCUGUUAGGCAUUUUCAUUGUACCUCUUUCCCUCUCAAAGUUCAUAGCAGCUGGAGUUGGUGUUCCUGUUCCAACUGAGCAACUGUUUAGAAGCCUUAUUGCUACACUUUUGGUCCCUUUGAUAUUAGGGAAGGUCACUCGAGAUAUAUUCAAUGGUGUGGCAGAGUGUGUUGAUCAGAACCGUAAACUUUUCUCCAUGAUCAGUGCUAUUUUCCUCAGUCUUGUUCCAUGGAUACAAGUGAGCAGAUCAAGGCCAUUGCUUUUAAUGGUUAAGCCAGCUGUAUUUUUUGUAGCCAUUUUGAUGGGAACAGUCCUGCAUCUCAUCCUAUUGGCUUUGAAUGCUCUUUUAAUAAAGAUCCUUUCGAGUGUCCCUGGUGGUAGAGAAUCAGUUUUUGCCAAGAAAGAGAAUACCCGUGCGGUUGUAAUUGUUGCAAGCCAGAAAACACUUCCUGUAAUGGUAGCAGUUGUGGAGCAGCUCGGUGGUGCUCUUGGUGAAUCAGGCUUGCUAGUUCUUCCAUGUGUCGCAGCACAUAUCAACCAGAUCAUCGUUGACUCUUUUCUAGUAAACUUCUGGCUCCAAAAGGAUCAGUCAUCUAACAAUGCCAAGGAAGCAUGAAACAUGGACAAGAAAAUUUGAGGAAG